AUGGAUGGAUGGCAGGAGGCGUUUCGUGGAGGUCUGUCUGGAUGUGAACAAUCCUCACAACGACUUGGCCUCGGUCGAACCGCCUCGAGCUCGACCUUGAGGUCAGGGCGCUCAUAUUCUCUGCUCAUUGUACGGCCGGCCCCACCGGCCCACCAGCCCCCACUUACUUACCGGACGAUCCGCAAGAGGAGCCAAGUAUCGGCAACUGUCGACCGGUGGACUGAUGUCUGCGGUCUACGUCAAGGCGAUGUCGUCCUGACGACGGACGCUCGGGUCUCCGGGACGCGGACGUGUCCCGUUCGGCGGAUUGGCGGCCUCGAGACUGCCGGCUGGCCUGGCGGCGACACUGACAAGGCGGCCGAUAGACUGCCAGACUGA